GCACAGGAGGAGAAGAAGAAGGAAGGGGCAAGGAAGAGGAAAAGAAGAGGAUUUAUUUACCCGACCUACUUUGGAUCUCUCUUUUUCCUGCGUGUGCCAUUAUUAUUCCCGUCCUCUAUUUUUACACUUCGCCGUGAAUUCGUCUCCUCUGCGAAUUUAGUCACAUCCGAUUUUUUUUUUGUAAUUUUUUUCUUUUUUUUUUUUUGAAAAAAAAAAAAAAAAAGGAGAGAGAGAGAAAGAGAGAGAGCGAGAGCGAGGAGAGACACAGAGAGCGCGAGCGCCGAGCUCGAGAGAAAGAGCAGCGCCCGGCACCCUCCUCCGCCGCCGCCGACACGAGAUCAAACUGCCUCAGCUCCCCGCCCGCCCCCGCCGCGCUCCCCGGCUCCGCCGCGCUGAAUGGCUGACGGCGCCCUGCCCUGGACCUGGCCCCCGGACACCUCCGUGCCCUGAUCGCUCCGCUCUCCGCCUCCACCUCCCGCUCCCCGGCCCGGCGCCCCGAGAGCCCGCAGCGGCGGCGGCGGCAGCGGCGGCAGCACCGCGGCGGCGGCCGGGCCCCGGCGGCGGCGAGCGGCGAGCGGCGACCUUCUCCUCCUCCUCUUCUUCCUGCUUCUGCUUCUCCGGAUCCAGCUCCGCGGCGGCGCCCCGGCUUCCUCUAUGCCUGCGCAUCCUCCGCGCCCGUAGCGCCCGGACCGCGUGUGCCUGUGCCUGUGCCUGUGCCCGUGCGUGUGCGUGUGCGCGAGUGGGGAGCCGUGUGCCGGGCGUGUGCGCGCGUGUCUGCCUGCGUGUGCGUGUCCGGCGUGUGCCUCUCCUGGAUGCCUCUCCCGACGGCCCUGUUCGCCGCUUCUGAUUUUGCAACUUGAAGUGGCGGGGGGGGGGGGAGGGAGAGGAGAAGAGGCGAGAGAGCGAGAGAGGGAGCCGAGAGGGGAAGCGGAGAGACGGGGGGCUUGUAGGCGGGGGGGGAGCGCAGGGAGCAGAGAGGAGAGAGAGAGAGAGAGAGAGAGAGGAGGGGGAAAAGAGGGAGAAAAUCCUCCGACGCCCCCUCCCCCUCCCUAAAAAAAAAAAAAAAUAGCGAGAGCGCGAGCGAGAGGAGGGGGGAUCGCGGCGAAAAAUAAAUAAAAUAAAGAAAACGGCAGGAGCGGCUCCAGCCGGCGGCAGCAGGGCAGCGGCGGCGGCGGCAGCCGAGGCGGAGGCAGGCGGCAGGCACGGUCCCCUCGCUCCCCGCUCGCCCCCGGCGCCCGGCCGCCCGCCUCCCCCCCGCCCCCCGCCUCUCUCCCCGGCAGCCCGCAGCGAGACGCGCCGCUCCCCAGCACUUUUUUGGGCCCGAGAUAUGGCAAUGGUAGUUAGCAGCUGGCGAGAUCCGCAGGAAGACGUGGCCGGGGGCACCCCGAGCGGCCCCAACCCCGCAGCGCAGCCGGCCCGGGAGCAGCCGCCCCAGCAGCAGGGGGGCUCGGCCGCCCCGCACACCCCGCAGACCCCCAGCCAGCCGGGACCCCCUUCCACGCCGGGGACGGCCGGGGACAAGGGCCCGGGGCAGCAGGGCUCGGGGCAGAGCCAGCAGCACAUCGAGUGCGUGGUGUGCGGGGACAAGUCCAGCGGCAAGCACUACGGCCAGUUCACCUGCGAGGGCUGCAAAAGUUUCUUCAAGAGGAGCGUCCGUAGGAACUUAACUUACACAUGCCGUGCCAACAGGAACUGUCCCAUCGACCAGCACCACCGCAACCAGUGCCAGUACUGCCGCCUCAAGAAGUGCCUCAAAGUGGGCAUGAGGCGGGAAGCGGUUCAGCGAGGAAGAAUGCCGCCCACCCAGCCCAACCCCGGCCAGUACGCCCUGACCAACGGGGACCCCCUGAACGGGCACUGCUAUCUCUCGGGAUACAUCUCCCUGCUGCUGCGGGCCGAGCCCUACCCCACCUCCCGCUACGGCAGCCAGUGCAUGCAGCCCAACAACAUCAUGGGCAUCGAGAACAUCUGCGAGCUGGCCGCCCGCCUGCUCUUCAGCGCCGUCGAGUGGGCCCGCAACAUCCCCUUCUUCCCCGACCUGCAGAUCACCGACCAGGUGGCCCUGCUGCGGCUCACCUGGAGCGAGCUCUUCGUGCUGAACGCGGCGCAGUGCUCCAUGCCGCUGCACGUGGCCCCGCUGCUGGCCGCCGCCGGCCUCCACGCCUCCCCCAUGUCGGCCGACCGCGUCGUCGCCUUCAUGGACCACAUCCGCAUCUUCCAGGAGCAGGUGGAGAAGCUGAAGGCGCUGCACGUCGACUCGGCCGAGUACAGCUGCCUCAAAGCCAUCGUCCUCUUCACCUCAGACGCCUGCGGGCUGUCGGAUGCGGCGCACAUCGAGAGCCUGCAGGAGAAAUCGCAGUGCGCGCUGGAGGAGUACGUGCGGAGCCAGUACCCCAACCAGCCCAGCCGCUUCGGCAAGCUGCUGCUGAGGCUGCCCUCCCUGCGCACCGUUUCCUCCUCCGUCAUCGAGCAGCUUUUCUUCGUCCGCUUGGUAGGUAAAACCCCCAUCGAGACCCUCAUCAGGGAUAUGCUACUGUCGGGGAGCAGCUUCAACUGGCCUUACAUGUCCAUCCAGUGCUCCUAGAGCCCGGCCGCAGCCCGGCGGGGACGCUGCGCGGCGGCGGAGGCGGGGGCGCGCGCACCGAGGGGCGGUCGGGGCGCGGGGGGGGCCCGGGAGGCGGACACUGAACAAAAGAACGGCGCGAGUGGGAGCAGAGGUGUGGCCGCGGUGGGGAGAGGGACGGACCUCGCGUCCGUGCGGGUCGUGGUGUUGCGGUUGGUCUUCGGUUUGGUUGGGUUCCGGUUAUUAUUAUUAUUUUUUUUUUAUAUAUUUUUUUUUCCGGUUUUUUUUUUUUUCUUUCGGAGAGGAGGAAAAAAAAAAGAUAAUAAUAAUAAAAGACAAAAAGGCAAAAAAAAAAAUUAAAAAAAAUACAAAAAAAUAAAAAUAUGAGUAUUGAGGGGAUAUUAAUCACACCUGAAGGGGAUACUGGAGCUUCCAGGAUUUAUUGUGGACUGUUGUUGAUAUAUGCUGUACAGUAACAAACAAAAACAAAUCGCGCUGAAGCCGAACUGAACCUUGUGUAGAAUGAGCAACAAAACCAACGAGCGAACAAACCGACAAACAAUUCCACGCGCAAACACUUACCACGAGCAUUGUUACUCAUUUUGUAAAAUAUUAGUCUUUAUUUUCAUUUUUUGUAAAACUUAAGACAUCGUAUGCGCAUAAAGGAAAGAAAAAAAAAAAGAAACAAGAAUUAGGGGAAAAUAACAUUUUCCAAAUAAUUAUAAAAAAAAAAAUUGUCCUGUGUCUAUGUAUCUA